AUGGACUGGUUGAAAAGGAUAUUCACGGGCAAAGAUUCAGCAAGACUAGCCACCGAGAAGAAAAACAAGCGCGUCAGAAAAGCACACCAGAAGCAAGUUCUCGCACGGGAAGACGAGCUGAGGCAUCUAGCAGAAGGUGGAGGGGCCAAACAAGCGCGCCUUUUCGUCGGAUCCCAGGGAAGAAGGUACUCGCAUGAAAGAGACGGGAAGCGAACCGACAAGGCAUGA